UCUCGCCUUGUUUCACCAAUAGAUUGCUCCGAGAAAGGACGACGCUCGUAUCGCUUCUCUUGGAGAACAAAGAAUCGCCUCUGAAACCAAUAAAGGGAAGAAUAUCAUGACCCCAAUUGGGAACAGUACCUGGACCGGUGUCGCGUCUUCUCGGUUCCUGAAAACCAAGGUGAAAAAGCUUCGCCGCCAGACAUUUGAAAGCGACAACGAUGCUAACACUAGCCAGGAGCCAACCCACAGCGGCGAAAGCAGCAGCGGCAGCAGUAACAACUACAAUGGACGUAGCAACAGCCWGAAAUCCCUGCGCAAAAUUUUCCCGUAUUUGUCCAAGCGCGGCCUUUUCUCGAUAUCGAGGCGCAAACCCAGAGACCAAAUCCGAAACAGACCCGUACACCGUAGAAACGAUAGUUCCUCUUUCGGGAACAUGAAGACUAGCAGCGACGACAGAAGUUGUGACUUCGACUCACUGGAUUCGCUUGCAUUUCUCAAGGAGUCCUUUGAAAACCACMAUCUUAGUUGCAAAGGCCUGGAAGUUGUCUACCAAGACGUUCACGAAUGCGAAACAUGCGAUAGCAAUUGUACGUCCACGUGUGAUGUCGACAACAGCACAAAUUAUAGGGCCUCGAUGAUGUCAAAAGACAGUGCGAGACGACUCGUGGAAAAUGUAGAAUCCCUAGCGGUCACCCGAACGCCCUCCUUCAACUGCAUGCUGCAUGCGAACGAACACUAUUCGGAUAGCAGCACCCUUGUAAAGCGAGCUUCCGCCCGGAUAACCUGGAUGGACCUGCAAAGAGUAAUGAAUGAGACCGAUGACGAAUGCCAUGCUGAGAUUGAUAUCGAGAGCGAUGUUGAAGAUGAGAAUGGACAAGMCGAUUCUUACAACGCCGUUGGAAACAGCAUUGAAAACGACAACGGCAAUGACAUCGACAACACUGUCGACAAGGACGAUGUCAUGGACGAUGUCAUCGACACUGAAGUCAAAGUCGAUACCGACAUCAAUAACGAGAACGAGGACAAAAAYGAGGACGAGAACGGUUUCCAUAAUGAGAACACCAGUGAACAGCAAGAUUCGCAAAACGAGAACGUCUUUUCUGAAGACAACGAAAACCACGACGUUCAAGAAAGCAAUCCAAUGCGAAGGAACKCUGUUUCGUUUACUGAUGGAAGCCUCGUUAAGAGGAGGAGUGGAAUAUUGAGGAUUGGGAGCAAAAUAGUACAAAAGGGCGAAUCGUGGCAAGAAUUGAGUACUCUUAGAGAUAGUAGUAGGAGUCUCAAGAGAGAUAGUACUAUCGGGGCCCACAAUGCGGUAUGGGGCAGCGAGUCGACCUACAGAUCAAACAUAUCUGGGAUUCUCAAGAGAGAUAGUACUAUCGGGGCCCACAAUGCGNCUACAGAUCAAACAUAUCUGGGAUUCUCAAGAGAGAUAGUACUAUCGGGGCCCACAAUGCGACAUGGGGCAGCGAGUCGACCUACAGAUCAAACAGAUCGAGAAGAAAUUCCGGCAAGAGCAUCAUUAUUCGAGACAUGGUCAACCGCGCCUCCAAUUGCGAACCCGAUGAUUACGAACGAGAGGGAAGCAACAGAGGAGGAGUCCCGAUCUUUGCCGGAACCUCCGUCGUGUCGGUCGGCCAGGACUUUGAAGACUUUGUUCGCAAUGAACGAUGCAAAGAAUGGCUCUGGCAAUUUCGAUGUUGCGAUCCACGGUAUCGCAUACUCAAGUUCUUCAACGAUGUGGCGAACGAGGGUGCCACCGGGAAUUCCGCCUUUGAACGGACACACGUCAGCCCGUUGCUCAAGUAUUUCAGCCGRUCGUCCGUCUUUACCGUUUGGAGGCCCACCAGUAAGGACGCUAUUCGAAGGAUGAUGCUGGGUCAGGGAGUAGGAAAGGGUCUCGACAUCAAAGGGAAGUCAGCAAAACGUGGGGUAUUGUCGGCCUUUGUGCMCUUUUUGCAAAUCCACAAGGAAGAAGACAAGGCAAAAGUCCGGACGCUCAGGAAGGAYGGUACGAUACGGGUGUUUUUCGAUAACGAACAGAAUCGUGAUACGGCAGUGAAGACUCUCAACGAGGUGGCAAAAGAAAUGGAGGAGACCGUACGACAGGCCAGGGACAUUAUCAACAAUGCCGACGACUACGACGACGAUGUCUACGAGAAUGCGCUGGAAAAGCUUACUCUUGAGAUGAGCGACUCGACAAUUCACACAAUUGACGACUACGCAGCCUCCAACAAGUAUGGGAUGACGGUCAACGAACGGCUCUUUUGGGAAGGGAUGGUCGUUCGUCAAAAUAUUGAGAGAAAGCCGGGAAGUGAAAACGAUACGGGGCGAACAUCGAUGCCGAGCUUUCAGGACAUGAAUUUUGAUGCGGUCCGAAAGCCCAAGAAUUGCGUGGCAGGGGGACACACGAGAGCGGUUAUUCUGCAACUCUCCAACCCACCACGAAAUCGGGUCACUGAGCCCGAAAGCAAUACGUAUGAUCCCAUGAGCCCAUUGAAUCUUGUCGUGGCAUACGAAGAAAAGGACCCGGAAAUGGAUCGCAAAAGGAUUAUACCUGUCGUCAGUGAUUUUGAUUGCUUUAUCGUCGGCAGCCGAAACGUAAAUUACGAAGAACAGGUACCCGAUGACCAAGUCGAUGUUCUAAAAUGGAUGGUCGAGCAGACCGAACAUGUGUURGAAACACCGAACGAAGAAUCGUGGACGAAGCGAUGGCUAAACGUUCUCAAGGAUGCCAGACUAAAGGGCUGUCACCACGAGAUUCCCACGGGUGGCUACAGCGAUCCCAAAACGAAAUUUAUUUUCAAGUUUGCCAUUGAACGCUUGAGCGUUACCGGGGCUGUUCGACACGGAGCAGAGUGCUUCAAUUAUUAUUUUCCACAAGACCUCGAUGACAAGCUACUUGUUAUAUCCGACGACCUCCCGAACAAAUACAAAGGAUGCAGGUGGGUAUACGUCGAUCAAUUCGAGCUACAAGAAAUCCUUAAGUACAAAAUCAGUCACGGCUUCUCGUUUCCGUUGAAUCCGAAGUGGAUCCUGUGUGAUCCGGGCUGGAAAGAAGUCUACGACAAAUURAUUUCGAGCGACAGGCCCGACGUCCAGAAAUCCAUGAGGUGCUGGUACCCACCAGAGUCUGGAAUUCGGGAAUCCAUCGAACGGAUUUACAAGAAACACCCGAACGGAUUCGAGCGACAGUUCGACGAGAGUUUGGGGCCGGGUGUGGCAAGAAGUCGCAKCUCGACUCGGUUGUCGUAUKUGGAUGGCACCACUGCCAUGGACCUUGCCGAGCAAGAACUGAAGUAUUUCAUGAUCUUGCAACGCGCAAAACGACGCCUCAAGGUAAUCCUGCUACUGAACCGAAUGCUUUCGAAAAUCAGGGAAUGCAGAGAAAUGGAAAACCAUGUGCCAAUAUCGCAGRAAGAGGAACAAAACGAAARAAACAAAAGUCUCCCGGAUCCCUGUACGGUAGCUGUAGCUGUAGAUUUASAAGCUGCUUAAAGUUCAAUAAUUCAUUUGCUUUGAUGUGCUCGUUCACUCUGKUAUGCACGAAAUUCAUUACUUUAGACACGUGUACUCUCCGAGCCAUCUCCAAKAGCCCCACAAACGACGAUAUCAUGGCUUAACGUGCCUGAACCACCAUUUGUUUCUCGUGAUUAAGGGGGCGCACACCCCCACUACUUCGGCACGAUUUUACUUCAUUCAGACGCAAACAUCGAAAAUAGACCGGUCACGGCGGAGAUCUAAACCCGCCAAAUCAGACAGGCUUCUUGCGGGGGACAUCUUUCAUAUGUUCGAUCUUCCCUGUAACGAUGAUAGCGCACCUAAUUUGCCACUGUGCGUGAAGGCAUGAAGGGAAACCAUCKGUCGAUUCAAACCAAAMACUCGAMGCGAAAUGCAGAGGAGUUAUGUCUCCGAUAGCUUUAAGCGUGAAGGCCGAAAUGUCCAAUGUCCAGAGCACUGUCUCUAUGCUGAUAGUUGCUACCAUUUUCUUACUGUUUUCAUUUUUUAAAUUUCUAGGGAAUGGAAUACCUAUUGGUGGAAGGUGGAAGUAAUUUUAACUAGUCGGAUGCACUUUGAUACCGGGACUAGUACGAGUUCCAAAAAAUUGUCCCUGAAUUCCUUCAAGACUGUAUCAAUUCGUAUCUGAUUAUCUAUUUAUGAUUUAUGUAAGGCCAGUGAAAAUCUUAAGUGUAUGCUAGUAUUACUCACGUCAUUCGAGUGCCAACAGCCAAAUGAAGAGGGUAAGUGCAGUACAAGUAAAUGAUUUUUAAUUUUUACUUCAACUCGACAACUCCAAUUGUUGUGAGCCAUUCUACCUCCUCAUCCUCGCGCUCCAUUUUUGAAAAAAUGAGUCUUGCCUUAUAUAAGAAUCAUACGUUACUGAAUAAAGUAAAUAAUGAAACUCUGAUUGAAAAACGGAUUUCGAGCAAUAUUAUCUCGCAUCACAAUUUCAAGAAAAGAAACGGCAGGCUGGAAGAGACUUUAGACUGUUCAUGGUAAUACAAGUUUCGAAAGUCUGAGCGCAACUAGUUGUACGUAGGCAUAUUGGACGCAUAGCAAUCCGAUUUGAAAAGAAUCAACCUCGGGCCUAGGUUAAUUAAACUCAUCUUGAGAGAUAUUUGUGGAUAGGACGAUAGAUAGGACGUCAGGACUUUAAGAAGCGUGCAGUGCGAACCGGGAUUUGUUGGAGCAGCUUUAGUACCAUGGUGUCCGGCAAGAAGAAUGUCAGCCACAAGAUAAAUAAGUCGAAAAUUGUCAGCAGGAUACUAAUUGUCGUGGUAGUAACCUGCAUCUUGCGACAGUUGACAGCAUUAACGGCUGUUUCGAGAGAUUUAUUGCAGGUGUCCACAUACGACGACGCGGCUUUAAAACUAGUGGAAAUCAACUCGGUUCCAAAAUCAAUACGAAAGACAAACUUAUCAAAGGGUCUAGAAAUUGAACACAAAGCCAAAGAAGAAAGCGAGAUAAAGAGUAUAACCACCAAAGCAACCAAAAAAAUCUUGAGUAAUGAGAUGAAUGAUGGCGGAGACAGAGAAUAUGAGGACAAUAUCGAAAGAKCUUUUGUCAUCAUUUGUAUGGGAGACAGUGCAAUCGAUUCAAACUACGUCGAACGAUUUGUUUGGUCCGCUCGGAAAAUUGGCAAGUUCACGGGAUGGAUCGUCUUGUUAACCGAUGCACCGGAGCAGCGGUACGCUCAUCUAUCUAGAAAUUGGGCAGAUGUCGACAACGACAAAUUCACUAUCUUGCGUCCCGAAGAAAAGCAUUACAUUCGACAUUACGACCAUGCCCCUGCGAUGGUUUUCAAACAGUUCAAAACCUAUGUCUUGCAAUACCUGUCACAAGAUUCGAGACUGGACAACGUGAAAUUGGUAUAUUAUCUCGACGUUGACAUCGUAUUUGGGAAUCCUGUCGGUCCACUGUUCAAUGAUUUGGAACAAAAAUACCAAAUUGGUACAAAUUCGACGACUACAGCACAAACCAACACGGGUGGUAAUGUUGCUGCAAAAAUGUGGAUGUUUAAGGGAAAUAGCAAAAAAUCAAAAAUUCAGGGAGGGCAAAUGAUUCUAGACCGGUCAACGUCACAGCCUUGUUUAGAUCGAUUUCGAUCAUUAAUGGACCCCAAAACGUCCACAAUCGAUCAGGUCCAUUUGAUGCAAAUGCUUAGCGAUCAGAAGUUGGCUCGGAAAACAGAGGAUUACACUUCUUUAAAAUGUGAAAUAGUCAUCAUGCCCCAAGAAGAAAAGCAUAUACUCUUUCCUUCCAAAACGUUGAUCAAAGACAUAGCUGAUGGAAAAAUCAAUGAUGAUGACCCUAUUCCCGUAUUGAAUCAUAUUAAAAACACCGGAGGUGACCUUAAAAAGUCUUCGCCAGAAGAUAUUGAAGCAUAUCUUAGAUAUCUAUUCAGAUUUGAAACUGACCAAAAAGACACACUGGGGAUCACAACAAAAACAUACCUCGAUGGCGGACAACGUGAGAAAGGAAAGAAGGAACAACAUCAGGAAAAAUCGGAAGUCAAAUCAGCCGAGGAGAAGAAAAGUGAUGUUCCUCGUUCGAAUCAUGACGAAGAAACGACUCAGGAGAGUGAAGACUCCAGUAAUGUUCUAUUCAGAUCUAGUCAAAAUGAUGACAACUGGAAAAAUGUGUCACCAAAUGAAUUGGUCACAACGUUAGCGGAUCUUUCAAAUAGUACUGAGAUCGUUUCGUCAAGAGCGAAAAGGCGUCGCAGAAGAGGCUACAGAGAUAAAAAGGGCAAAAAAGAAAAAGAGACAUACGAAGAUGACAUUGAAAGAGCCAUGUUUGUAAUUAGUAUGGGGGAAAAAGCUGCGAAGAUGAACACUGUUGAGCGCUUCGUCUAUUCUGCUCGGGAGAUUGGAAAGUUUUCUGGGUGGAUUGUUGUUUUGACCGAUGCUCCCAGCGAUCGCUACGCCAAUAUGAACAAUUGGACAGAGAAGGUUAUUUUUAUGGAUCCAAAAAAAGAAGACACGAAAACCCAUUAUAAGGUUUCUAACAUGGUUUAUAAACGGUUCAAAACAUACGCUAUCGAAUACAUGAACAGAGAUAUGCGAUUAGAACAAGUUGAGCUUGUAUAUUAUUUAGACGUUGAUAUCGUCUUCGGGAGUGAUCUUGGACCGGCUUUCCAUGGCAUAGAAAAGACUUAUGGUAUCGGACGUCUCGGGGUCAACACGACCGCUAAUGUUACAGAUUCUAUUGCGCGUGGGAAAAUGUGGAUGUUCAAGGGGAAUUCCGGAAAAUGGCAAAUCCAAGGAGGGCAGAUGGUUCUUGAUCGGUCUUUGUCUCAACCUUGCUUAGAAAGAUGGAGAGAGGGAUUCGAUCAGAAGAAAGUUACUGAUUAUGCGAAGGACCAGUAUCUCUUGAUGGCAAUGAAGAGUGAACAAGAACAAGCGAUGAAUAGAACAAUGAAUAGUACAGACCCAGACUUGGAUGUGGACUUGGCAUGCGAAAUUGUAACCAUGGAGCAAGCGCCGUACAUCGACUUUCCUUUGGUUACGACAAUAAAACAGCGAAGCAAGGUGUUACGGAAACAUCCAAAGCGAAAGUUUCAUUAUAGUCCAAUGGUUCACGUUCGAAACGAUGGCGGUACGGCCAAUAUGAGAGACGGAAACAUAAGACCAUACAUGAGAAGUUUAUUGAGGUUCAAAAAGGAUCAACCAGAUCCCUUGAAAAUAUUGAAGAAGGUACACAUGGACACUACCUAAAGCUAUUAUUGAAAAAAUUGUACAUUGUAUA